AUGACAGCUUCAUCAAUCAAUCGAAAUGUCAAGCAGGUUGGUGCGGUCACGGUGGCAUGCCUUGCUGCGGUCAACGACUAUCAACGCUGGAUGGGCGGAGUUGACGUGCAUGAUCAACUCCGCCUGCAGACGUUCUCGCUGCAAACAUCUACCAGGUUUUCCAAGUGCUACAGAAGCUUGUUCUUGGGGUUCGUCGACUUAGCGCUGAUGAACGCGUACAUAUCUUACAAGGAGACAGCUCGGCUUGCCGGGACAACAGCGAUGAAUCGCGGCGAGUGGUUUUGCGUCCUGCAAAAUCAACUUUUGCAGCUCAAAGCGGACGACUUUGCUGGUGUAGUGGUUACGCCGCCGCCAAGCAAUCAGAAGCGUAGACGUGCGCCCGUUCGGUUGACGCACGAGCUGGAGCAGUCGGAGGAUUGGGUGACUGUAAGUGGAGUUCAAAAGAGGCGUCAGAGGUCUUGUAAGGUCUGCGCACUCCUGAGGACCAACCCGAAGAAGAAAUCAUUCGCUACAACUUACUUCUGUGAGCGCUGCUCCGUCGACAACGCCAAGUGCUGGCUGUGUAACAAGCUGCGGCAUACUUACAAGAGCGAAGCGAAGACGUGCUUCGCUAUUUGGCACGAUGACUUUGACUGUGGCCAAAGUAUUCCUGUGGCUCUGGGCAAGAAGGUGGUCCUUCGCCGCCCUGGUAAGAAGGCGGGUGAACGGAAGAAGACGCGACGCGAGUUGGAGCUUCGUGGCGACGAUGCUGAUGACGAGGGAACGGGAAUCGUAGUGGGCAGUGACGAGGAUUAG